CGUUGCCGGGGUCGCUCCCGCCGUCCAUGAGGGGAGGGAAGAGGAGGAGCGCGCGCCAUUUGCAGCCGCUGCCUCCAAGCCGCGCCGCGCAGGUCCCGCUCCGUCUUCUUAUUGACUUUCGCAUCAAGUCUUUCUCACUGAUAUGGAAAAUUGAAGGUGCUGCCUUUCAUUUAAACCUUUCAUUUAAACUCUAAUAUCUGGAAUAACAUGCUGUGCUAUGAUAUGCAGAAUUUAAUACAAGUUCAUCUUGCUGCAUAAUAAAAUGGCUAAUCAGGUGAAUGGUAAUGCGGUACAGUUAAAAGAAGAGGAAGAACCAAUGGAUACUUCCAGUGUAACUCACACAGAACACUACAAGACACUGAUAGAGGCAGGCCUCCCACAGAAGGUGGCAGAGAGACUUGAUGAAAUAUUUCAGACAGGAUUGGUAGCUUAUGUUGAUCUUGAUGAGAGAGCAAUAGAUGCUCUUAGAGAAUUUAACGAAGAAGGAGCCCUCUCUGUAUUACAGCAGUUUAAGGAAAGUGACCUGUCGCAUGUACAGAACAAAAGUGCAUUUUUAUGUGGAGUUAUGAAGACUUACAGACAGAGAGAGAAACAAGGAAGCAAAGUACAAGAAUCAACAAAGGGGCCAGAUGAAGCAAAGAUUAAGGCUUUGCUAGAGAGGACUGGUUAUACUUUGGACGUGACUACAGGCCAGCGGAAGUAUGGUGGCCCCCCUCCAGAUACGGUCUACUCAGGAUCCCAGCCUGGCAUCGGCACAGAGGUUUUUGUUGGUAAAAUUCCUAGGGAUUUGUAUGAAGAUGAAUUGGUACCACUAUUCGAGAAGGCAGGCCCAAUUUGGGACCUGCGGCUCAUGAUGGAUCCCCUCUCUGGCCAGAACAGAGGCUACGCUUUCAUCACUUUCUGUAGUAAAGAUGCAGCACAAGAAGCAGUCAAAUUGUGUGACAACUAUGAAAUCCGUCCUGGUAAACACCUUGGCGUAUGCAUCUCUGUGGCAAACAACAGGCUGUUCGUUGGAUCAAUUCCAAAGAACAAGACCAAGGAAAACAUACUAGAAGAGUUCAGCAAAGUUACAGAGGGUUUAGUGGAUGUAAUCUUGUAUCACCAACCUGAUGAUAAAAAGAAGAAUCGGGGAUUCUGCUUCCUGGAAUACGAGGAUCACAAAUCAGCUGCUCAAGCUCGGCGUCGGCUGAUGAGUGGGAAAGUAAAAGUCUGGGGAAACGUCGUUACUGUGGAAUGGGCUGACCCUGUAGAGGAACCAGAUCCAGAAGUCAUGGCAAAGGUGAAAGUUUUAUUUGUGAGAAACCUGGCCACUACAGUGACGGAAGAAAUACUGGAGAAAUCCUUUUCAGAAUUUGGAAAGCUGGAAAGAGUGAAGAAAUUAAAAGACUAUGCUUUUGUUCAUUUUGAAGAUAGGGGGGCAGCGGUCAAGGCCAUGAACGAAAUGAAUGGAAAAGAGAUAGAGGGGGAAGAAAUUGAAAUAGUAUUAGCUAAGCCUCCAGAUAAGAAAAGGAAAGAACGCCAGGCUGCCAGACAAGCCUCCAGAAGUACUGCGUACGAAGAUUAUUAUUACUAUCCUCCACCUCGUAUGCCACCUCCAAUUAGAGGCCGAGGGCGUGGAGGGAGAGGCGGCUAUGGCUAUCCCCCAGAUUACUAUGGCUAUGAAGAUUAUUAUGAUGAUUACUAUGGCUAUGACUAUCAUGACUACCGUGGUGGCUAUGAAGAUCCUUACUACGGCUAUGAUGAUGGCUAUGCUAUAAGAGGAAGAGGAGGAGGAAGGGGUGGGCGAGGCGCACCUCCACCACCUAGGGGGCGGGGAGCACCACCACCAAGAGGUAGAGCUGGCUAUUCCCAGAGGGGGGCACCAAUGGGACCACCAAGAGGAGCCAGGGGUGGGAGAGGGGGUCCUGCCCAGCAGCAGAGAGGACGUGGUGCUCGUGGAGCCAGGGGCAACCGUGGGGGCAACGUGGGAGGCAAGAGAAAGGCUGAUGGGUACAACCAACCGGAUUCCAAGCGCCGCCAGACCAACAACCAGCAGAACUGGGGCUCCCAACCCAUCGCUCAGCAGCCGCUUCAGCAAGGUGGUGACUAUGCCGGUAACUAUGGUUACAAUAAUGACAACCAGGAAUUUUAUCAGGAUACGUAUGGGCAACAGUGGAAGUAAGACAAAUAAGGAGGGCGUGGGAAUAUUGGAAAGAUAGAAUUUGGCUAUAGCUCUACAUCCUUCCAAAAAUUAAUGUUUCAUCCUUCAGUAGUGAUUGGCUGCCAUUUGUAUUGGGCUGAAGAAUCACUCUAUUGUGUAUAUACUCAAGUCUUUUAUUAUUUUUUUCUUUUCUCAUAAAUGCACUUGGACAUUACUGAGCUUGCAGAAUUCCCAAACACAGUUUUGGGAGACAGUGCUUUUUAUCGUUUUAGGCUUCAUUUUAGCAGUUUAUCAGCAGGAUGGGCGACACUGUUAAAUCAUGAUUUUGCAGACCUUCUGUUUUUGGACAGUUUCAUUUUUUCCUUUUUCUUUUUUGGAUUUGGAAUAGACUACAUAGGCAUAUGCUGUACAUAAAGUAAAGCUAGUACUUUGUCUCCGUAGUUUUAAGAAAUUAAAACAAAAUUAAGUUUUCUUGUAUUGAAAAUAACAUGACUGUAUGUUUUGCAUUCCUAGAAGUAGGUUAACUGUGUUUUUAAAUUGUUAUAACUUCACACCUUUUUGAAAAUCUGCCCUACAAAAUUUGUUUGGCCUAAACGUCAAAUCCGUGGCAAUUUGUUCCUUGAUGUGAUUGUAUUUCCAAUUUCUUCUUGUUCAUGUAAGAUUUCAAUAAAACUCAAAAAUCUAUUCAAAACA